AUGUCGGGCAUGGAUAUUGAUUGUGAAAACAAAACAUCUGUGAGUUUUAUUUUAUUUUAAAUUAAAUUUGUAUUUCUGAUUUUGUAGACAACAAUAACUGAUAUUCCAAUUGAGAUUGUUGAGCAGAUUCACACAUAUCUGAAGUCGAAUGAUAUUGUCAGAUUGCGUGGUGUUUCAAAUUCAUUUCAAGAGUUUGUUGACUCGCUGGAUAGAACAGAGAGGUACGGUUUUUGCGGGAAAAUUCGAGAUAAUUGAUUUUUUUUGCAGUUUGAAUAACUCCCGCGUUAAUCAAAUUCUUCAUUUAACAAUAAGAAAUAACACAAUUCAAGUUAUGAAUGAAGACACCCCGAAAUACCAGAAUGAUCCAGUCAAAUACCCCCCAGAAGAUUUCCAAUUUCUUCCAAUCACCGGAAUUCGUCAACUCAAUUGGUAUCGACCAAUCUGGUUAGAAUAUGAGAGUUCAACAAUUCUCGAAUCAUCCUUGGAUGUAACAGAUUUUUUGGAAAAAACUCAAGAUUUAUUGAUCCUCAAUGUCCUAAACACUACCGAUCCAAUUGUUCGAGAAAAAAGAUUGGAGAAUUUUUUGCGUCAAGCUUCGAAAUAUGCAAAAUAUGGGAGCCUUCUAUUGUGGCGAUGAGAAUCUGACAGAGGAAGAGCUCGUUAAAAUUAUUCAGAGUCUCAAAUACAAUCCAACUUUUGGUAUGCGUGAUUCCGAUUCGGUCUAUUUGACUUUGAAUGGAAAUAUCUCAUUUUACAAAAAAUCGAUAUUGUCAACAAUUUUGCAUAAGACACAAAAAUUCGGUUAUGUAUAUAUUGAUAGUGAUCGUGAGAUUGAACGCGAUUUUGAUGAGGAUGAUUAUGAGGGAAUCGAAAUGUUCUUGAAAACUAAGGUUAGUUAUGAUUUUAAAUUGCAUUUUUCAGAAAUUUAAAUUUGAAAUUUUUUUUCAGAACUCCAAUCCUAGAAAAAUAAUGACAUUGAAUUUCGGAACAUGCCCAGAAUCAGUUUGUGAUAAAUUGAUUGAAUUAUUGCACAAAUGGUUUGGACAUGGUGAAACAGAACCUGGAGAGAUUAGAAAUGGACAAAACAUUCUAGUUUUCUAUGAUUACGAUUUGGAUGAUUGA